AUGGCGACAUUAGAAGAGAAGCUGGAUAAGAUCCGGUCGCCAAAUCUUCAAAGCCAAAAGCAGACUGUCGUGAUUUUGAAGGCGGUGGACGAGACGCUCAAGGAACAGAACACAUCAGCGACGUCAACCGGAUAUUUCGCAGCACUGCUCGCCCUUCUGAAUCAGUCGAUUUCCAACGGCGAGAUCAACAAGGAACUGACCCCAUCUGUGGUUUACCUGCUCGAUGUCGUGACACCUUUCGCCCCGCAACCGCUCCUCCGAUCGAAGUUUACCCAGAUCCUCACCCUUCUCGCUCCACUACUGCUCCUGUCUGAUGCGGAAGCUGCUCUCUUGAAGCCUGCGAUUGGAUGUCUCGAGUCGUUGCUGCUUGCGCAAGACUCGGCGUCAUGGAAGCUCCCAACAAACGAGAUUAGUCCCAGGAGGGCGGUGGCAGGGCUGCUGAACAUUGCUAUCGAUCCCCGACCCAAGGUACGGAAGCGAGCGCAAGAUGCAUUGAAGACUGUGCUCAAGAACCCGCCUCCCAGUCCAUCGCUGGAUCAUCCUGCUGCCGAUCUUUGCGCCGAAAGUGCCAUGUUGAGGUUGUCAGAGUUGGCCAGCAAAGCUGCACAGUCUAAGAAGAAGAAGUCGGCCGAGCCAGAUCACGAUCCCACUCUGAUACAUGCUCUUCAGCUUAUCAAGACCAUCGCAUCCGCUAGCGGUGGCUGGCCCAGCCGCAACAUUGAGGCGCUGUGCGAGCUGCUGCUCGGUAUCGCUAAGAGUGGCAAUGAACACAUGACGAUGGCCGUGUUUGACAUUUUUGAAAUGAUCUUCGAAGGCAUGGCUGAUGAGGUAUCCUCCGCCAAGCUCCCUCGACUGUUGGAGAUCAUCGCCGAGAUGCGCCCUUCAUCCAACGAUACCCAACUCCUACCACCAUGGAUCGCCAUUCUUUCCAGGGGUUAUGAUGUGUCUGCUCAAAUGGAACCCGAGGAUACUUUCCAGAAGCUCCCUGAGCUGUUUACCAUGGUAUCCGACUUCAUGGAUUCGUCUUCCCACAACAUUCGCGUGUCUGCAUCCGAGUGUCUUAUCUCUUUUGCCGCAAAUUGUAUACCAAACCAGGUCAUCCUGGAGCCGUCAAUCUACGACGAGAAGAUCCUAGAGAAGCUUGCCAGGGUAACAGAAAACCUGUUUAGUGUGAAAUAUCAAGCCGCGUGGAUGGAGACUUUCAAUGUGCUCGGUGCGCUUUUCGACUCCCUCCGGUGGCGGGCCAAUCCGGUACUCCUCAAUGUCACGAAAACGGUGGGUGAACUUCGAGGCAAUGAUUCCUUCAUGGGAAAGAAGCAAGCAGACGAGGUUCUUGGGAAAGCGAUCAGGGCCAUGGGCCCCGAGGCUGUCUUGGAUGUGCUCCCCUUGAACCUGUUGAAACCAGUCAAGGGCCAGCCCGGUCGAGCUUGGAUGCUACCAAUCCUGCGAGACUAUACAAGCAACACAAACCUUCGGCAUUUCAGGGCCGAAUUUAUUCCCCUUAGCGAGGCCAUGUAUCAGAAGGUACUCGAACAUGGCGACGCUCCUAAGACCAUGGAGAUCAAAAUUUACGAAACGUUGGUGCAUCAAACGUGGUCCAUCCUUCCAGGCUACUGCGAUCUUCCCCUGGAUUUGACCGUGGCUUUCGACCAGACUUUUGCAGAAAUGCUGGCAAACAUCCUGUACAAGCAAGUUGAACUGAGAAUGGACGUGUGUAAAGCACUAAGGACCCUUGUUGAAUCCAAUCAAGCCAUUGCGACGAUAGAUGACAAAGAAGACCUUGUUCUGCAAAGCCGAGUUUCCCAGACCGACGCGCAGAAGAAUUUAGCCUUCUUGGGCGGAUUCGCCGGGAAUCUGCUGGCUGUUCUGUUUAAUGUUUACAGUCAGACUCUGCCUCAAUCCAGGGGCCCCAUACUGCAGACCGUCAACGCCUACUUGAGUGUUACACCCGAAAACGAGCUUACCGAGACGUUUGACCGCGUGAGCGCGAUGUUAGCGACGUCGCUUAGCGAGGCCAACAACUCCCAGGACAAGAACAAGUCACAAAAGUCGGCUGACCAGAUGCCGGCAACAAGUCACACCCUCAUGGACCUCGUCAUUACCAUGUCCGCUUACCUGCCGCGACAAAGUUUCGGGCCUCUCUUUAACAUCGCGGCCCUUAUCAUUGCAAAGGAUGAUGAUCCUCAAUUACAAAAGAAAGCCUACAAGCUCAUUCCACGUCUGGCAGGGUCUGACAUAGGGAAAGCGGCACUGCAGGAGCGUUUCGAUGACCUACAGACUCUUCUACUUUCCAACUCGGACAAGGUCUCGGUACCGGCGAGAAGGGAAAGGUUGACUGCCAUCACCGCUAUGAUCCCCUUUAUUCCAGACGAUUCACUGCACUUCAUUCCAUCCGUGCUCUCCGAGGUGGUGAUCUGCUGCAAAGAGAAUAACGAGCGGGCUAGAACCACAGCUUUCGAUCUCCUCGUUAUGAUGGGUCAAAAGCUGGAGGAAUCCAAAGGUAAGUCGAUCCAAAACAGCAAGGUCCCGCACAUGCCCAAUGAUGCACCGUCGGUACCCGCAAGCAUCGAGGAGUACAUCACUAUGGUCAGCGCAGGUCUUGCCGGUAGUACGCCUCACAUGAUAUCUGCCUCUAUCACCGCCAUAACCCGUCUGCUCUACGAGUUCCGUCAGUCUCUCCAGCCGGAGGUACUUAGUGACAUGGUCCAGACCAUGGAUCUCUUCCUGACGUCAAACAACCGCGAAGUUGUCAAGAGUGUACUCGGCUUCGUUAAGGUCUGCGUGAUCAGUUUGCCAGCAGAGAUGAUGCUUCCGCGACUGCAAACCAUGAUCCCGAACCUGAUGGUGUGGUCUCAUGAGCAUAAGGGUCAUUUUAAGGCGAAGGUCAAGCAUAUCGUUGAAAGGAUGGCUCGUCGUUUUGGGUUUGACCUUAUCAACAAGAACUGUCCUGAAGCAGACCGAAAGUUGAUUGCCAACAUUCGUAAGACCAAGGAGCGUAGCAAGAGAAAGAAGGAUGCUUCCAAAACUGGAGGAGACGAGGACGAAGAGGACGAGACCAAUGGCAAGCGCCGCAGCCGAUUUGAGAGCGAGUACGACGAGGCACUUUAUUCCAGUGAAGAUUCGGAUGGUGAGGAUGAGUCAGACGACGAAAUGCUUGGCAAAUCCAAGAGGGCCCAGAAAGGAGGCAAUACAUACAUCAUGGAAGAUGACGAUGAGCCUCUUGAUCUCUUGGACCGCAAGGCCCUUGCCAGCAUAUCCUCGACGAAGCCUGUGAAACUACGAAAGGCAGGCAAGACGAAGGCCAAGACGGAUAUGGAUGGAAAGUUGAUCUUGGGCGACGAGGGUCAGGAGGAUGAAAUGAUCAUCGACACGCCGCAAGAAGGCGGCGAAAGUGGCGUCAACGCAUACGUCGCCGCUUUGAGGGGCAAUGAUGUCGGACGCCGUGGACAGCGUGGACGCCUAAAGUUCUCCAACAAGCGUGGAGGAAACGAUGACGACGAUGAGAUGGACGUUGACAAGAAGGACGCGGUUGCCAUCAAGUCCCAGGUCAGCAGGGGAAGGGGCAACUCUACGUCUCGAGGACCACGGGGGGGAGGUCGUGGCUUCGGCGGAGACCGUGGGCGUGGUGGUGAUCGUGGCCGGGGAGGUGGUGGCCGUGGCGGCUUUGGCGACCGUGGUCGUGGUGGACGCAGCGGCCGGGGAGGCAUCUCUAGCGGUCGGAGAGGGCUGGGAGAGGACAAGAGACAUGGCGGCGGAGUUGGAAAGCCCACCUUUAGCCGGGGUGGACGCAGAUGA